UUCAGUGAGUGUCCGUCUUGGCUUGCGGCAAGACUCCUUCUCGUUCCCUUUCAAAACACAGUGACAUUUCCCAAAAGCUUUCCACAAACCGUUUCCACAGAGGGAGGAUGGACGCGCUAUUCGGACCGGCCACGAGUCGACCCACCCGCGAACAUGUGUCCUAGUCAAUUUAUGUGCGCGACCCCGGCUCAGCGUCAAGCCGCCUCCCUUUCCUAAAACGCGAGUUCAAGUGUGAAACUAAUGUCCAUCUGUUUGCUAUAAUUAACACAGUGUUAAUCAGUGGAUUUCUAUAUUGGAUUACACGCCUUUCUCCAAAACACUUAAGGAUUAUCUAUAAAAGAGGAAGGAGAGAUGAGGAGGGCGGAGAAAGAGAAGUAGGUAGGAUGUGGCGUGCAGUGCUAGCUAUUUUGCUAGCGCUCCUUGCGCGGGGCUCUUUAGCAGAGCAGGUGAGAGAGCUGCAAGUUCCCGAAGGAGCUCCGACGGGGACGAGAGUCGGGUUUAUAUGGGACGGUACCUCCAGUUCGACAAGUCCCCCUUACCUCAUCGUCUCGGUCCCGGGUAGUGCGGUAGACUCGGAUUUGGACGUAGAGGAAGAGACUGGGGAAAUCAGGACAAAAGUCCAGCUAGACCGAGAGACGAGGACAUCUUAUUCUCUCGUCGCGAUAUCGAGAGGUGGCGGCAACGUCAGGGUCGUGGUCAGAGUAUUGGACGAGAACGACAACGCUCCCACUUUCCCCAGCCCCGUUAUGGAAAUAGAGUUCCCGGAGAAUACUCCCAGGGACGUCAAGAGGACUCUGAACCCCGCGAGGGAUCUUGAUCUCGAUGUCUUUAACACGCAGAGGUAUAACAUCAUCUCCGGGAAUCUGAACAACGCCUUCCGCCUAUCGUCCCACCGAGAAAAGGACGGGGUCUUGUACUUAGACCUGCAGAUCAACGGAUUUCUCGACAGAGAGACGACCUCCGAAUACAGCCUUGUCAUACAAGCGCUGGACGGUGGCAACCCUCCACUCAGUGGGUCUAUGACAGUGAAUAUAACUAUACAAGACGUCAACGAUAACCAGCCCAUCUUCAACCAAAGCAGGUACUUCGCCACCGUCCCUGAGAACGCUACUGUUGGCACUAGUAUCUUACAGGUGUUUGCCACAGAUACCGAUGCCGGCGAAAAUGGAGAAGUGGAGUACUCCAUAAACAGGAGGCAGAGCGACAGGGACGGGAUGUUCAGGAUAGACCCUAAAACGGGUCUCAUCGCGGUCAACAGACCGCUGGACUUCGAAACGAAAGAAGUUCACGAACUCGUAGUAGUAGCCAAAGAUCACGGGGCACAGCCUCUCGAAACUACAGCUUUCGUUUCAAUAACCGUAACCGACGUCAACGACAACCAGCCGACAAUAAACGUCAUCUUUCUCAGCGAUGAUGCGACACCAAAGAUAUCCGAAAGGGCUGAGAAAGGCGAAUUCGUCGCAAGGAUCUCCGUCAACGAUCCUGACUCUAAGACUGAAUACUCCAACGUCAACGUGACGCUGGAAGGAGGCGAAGACCGUUUCGGACUGAAAAAACAGGAUAAUUUAAUUUAUUUAGUCAUAGUCUCGAUGCCGAUCGAUCGAGAACUAAAAUCCAACUACACGCUUAGCGUCAUAGCCACCGACACGGGCACGCCGCCGUUGCACGCAUCCCGAACGUUCCACCUUCGGGUGACAGACGUCAACGACAAUUCGCCCGAGUUCAGCCAGUCGGUCUAUCACGCCAACGUCCUGGAGGUCGCGGACCCAGGGACUUCCGUCUUCCAAAUCACCGCCACUGACAAAGACGAAGGCGAAAAUUCUGUCAUUUCCUACAAGAUGUUCGAAGACAACAAGUCCCAUCCGCCUUGGUUCCAGAUCGACCACAAAACCGGACUCAUAACCACGAAAUCCCAUAUUGACUGCGAAACGGACCCUGUGCCGCGGGUGAUCGUCGUCGCCACAGACAACGGAAACCCUCCUCUCUCAUCUUCAGCGACUGUGCUCGUCACCAUUCACGACGUCAACGACAACGAACCUAUCUUCGAAAUGAGCUUCUACAACGGCACCGUUCAAGAAAAUCAAGCCCAAGGACACUGCUUUUUAAAGGUGGCGGCUACCGACCCGGACUGCGGAGUCAACGCCAUGGUCAACUACACGCUCGGCGAGACGUCCGGGAAGAUCCCGCAGCUCAUGAUCAAGUCGGACACUGGAGAGAUAUGCAUUGCUUCCCAGUUGGACUACGAGACGAGGCCGUCAUACGAAUUCCCAGUCAUUGCCACGGACAGAGGUGGCUUGAGUACGAGGGCGAUAGUCAAGAUACAACUGAUGGACGUCAAUGACAACUGGCCCGUUUUCUACCCCCGGGAGUACAACGUCUCGUUGAGGGAAGGCGCCGUCGUCGGUCCUGUCGUCGCGGUCGCAGCGACAGACAGGGACUCGGGCAGAUUCGGCACCAUCACGUAUUCCAUAUCGGCCGGAAACUCGGCAAGGAUCUUCACCAUAGACCAGAAGACCGGGGAGAUAUCCCUCGGCAGGCCGGAGAGGCUCUCGGUGAGAAACCCCGUCUACAAAUUGAACGUGACAGCGGUAGACGGCGGCGGACUGAGGAGCCAGCAGGACGCUGAAGUCUACAUCAGCAUCACGGACUCAAAAUCAACUCCGCCACACUUCCAGAGUCCGAGGUACGACAUGUCCAUCAGAGAAGACGCUAGGCCGAACACCGUGGUCGGAACCGUCAAAGCUACAAACUCACAACCAGGAAAAUCUGCAGUGCGCUACUCGAUAUAUUCAGGUGACCCUGAUGGAUAUUUCAACAUCGAUCCUGCGUCCGGCGUUUUGCGAACAACAGGACGUCUGGACCAUGAACACCACUCCAGCCUGUUGCUGAACGUUCAAGCCACAUCCGGCUCUCCUCCCGCUUACGGACACGCUCAGGUCCAUAUCGAAAUCGAAGACGUGAACGACAACGCACCGCGUUUCGCAUCGUCCAAGGUGAGGAUAUCAGUGAGGGAGAGCGAAGGAAGCGGUACUCCCCUCUACACCGUCCACGCGGAAGACGCCGACUCCGGUGAAUUCGGCCGGGUCGUCUACCGCCUCCUCAGCGACGGCCGGCUCUUCCGAGUAGACCCCAAGUCAGGAGACCUUUUCCUCAAGGGUCCCUUGGACUACGAAAGCGCCCAGAGGCACAGUUUGGUCGUCUCUGCCCUCGACGGCGGUUCGCCACCUCUCACCAGCAACCUGACCAUCCUCCUCGAAGUCCAGGACGUCAACGACAACCCUCCCGUCUUCGAGAGGACAGAAUACACCGUCCCGGUCUCUGAAGCCCUCGCCAUCAACUCUCAGGUGGUCCAGGUGACGGCGGUGGAUUUGGACACGGGCAACAACGCCCGACUGACUUACAAACUCCUUUCUGGGGAGGACGUUUUCGGCAUUUUCCCCAAUUCGGGAUGGAUCUACCUCCGAGGACAGCUGGACAGGGAGGCGAAGGACCGCUACGGGUUGAGAGUGGCUGCGGAAGACAACGGCAGCCCCGCUUCCACGGCGACCGCCCUCGUCACCGUCCUUGUGACCGACGCUAACGACAACGAUCCAUCUUUCACGAACGACAUCUACGAGUUCGUCGUCGAAGAAAACCAACCCAGGGGUGCCUAUCUGGGAAGGGUGGCCGCCACCGACAUGGACCUUGAUCUCAACGCCGCCAUCGCCUACACCCUCAUCCCAACCAACUCCAGCUUUCAAAUCAAUCCUGUCACAGGAGAGAUCCGGACGAGGGAGGUGCUUGAUCGGGAGAAGCGUAGUAUGUAUGAGCUGGUGGCCGAGGCCAAGGACCAAGGGGUGCCGCCGAGGUCCUCCAGGGUCACCGUCAGGAUCGUCGUGACCGACGUCAACGACAACGCGCCCGAGAUCGUGGACCCGAGGGAGGACGUCGUCUCCAUCCGAGAAGAACAAGCCCCAGGGACGGAAGUAGUCAAAGUCCGAGCCGUCGACCGGGACAACGGUCAAAACGCCACCGUCACCUAUUCCAUUCUUAAAGGUCGAGAAGGAGAAGGAUGGAGGGUUUUUUCCGUGGAUCCUGUAACGGGUGUGCUGAGGACGAAAGUGGUGCUUGAAUCUGGCGAGAAGGACAUAUACAGGGUGACCGUCGCUGCGACGGACAGCGGCAACCCUCCGAAGCAGUCAGUCAGGACUCUCAGUGUCGAAGUCCUCGCGUUAUACGAUCACCGGCCGACUUUCUCAAGCUCGAGUCUACAUUUCAAGGUCAGCGAAGCUGUAGACAUUGGAUACGUGGUCGGGAAUGUUAUCGGUAAUGAAGGAACCGAGUCGAACCUGGUUUCAGGAAGAGCGAGGGCAGGACAUCUGAUGUACACUUUGACGUCGAUUUCACCAACCGACCAGGAAACAGCGUUCGAUUUGGAUCGUAGCUCCGGCUCGCUCGUCGUAACUAGAAAACUCGAUAGGGAGAGUUGUUCCGAAUAUCGGUUGGAAGUGAGGGCUUUGGACACGAGCACGACCAUCAACCACCAGAGCAGCGCCGUGAUCAUCAAAGUCGAGAUAACCGACGUCAACGACAAUACUCCCACCUGGGAAAAAGACCUGAUCGACAUCGACGUUCGCGAAGACCUUCGGAUCGGAUCGAACGUCUGGAACUUCAGCGCGACCGACACGGACUUCUCCCCGAACGGCGACGUCCGUUACAGCUUAGUCUCGUCGUUUCCCAAAAGCGGCAUGUUCUCCAUGGACCCGCUGACCGGCAGCCUGACCCUGAUCUCUCCCUUGGAUUUCGACGACGUGUCAGAAUUCACCUUGGUCGUUAGAGCGACGGAUCAGGCUGCCAAUCAGUCGGACAGGCUGAGUUCUACCAUCACCGCGAGACUCAGGCUCACUGACGUCAACGAUAACUCCCCGGUCUUCUUUUCACCCAAGUCAAAAGACGUCUACGUCAAAGAAGGCAUGGAAGUCGGGUCCGUCGUCGUUCAAGUCUUGGCGACGGAUAAAGACUCAGGAGAGAACGGCAGAGUGACAUACGACGUGACUUCUGGCAACAGCCAGGGCAAAUUCAGUCUCGGCUACGAAACAGGUCAUCUCACCCUUCUCAGACCUCUCGACGUCGGUUCAAAACACAACAUAAACGUGACGGCCACCGAUCAUGGAAAUCCGCCCAAAUCCGCAACCAUUCCAAUAACAAUAACAGUAAAAAGGACAACAGAAUCGCCGCCGAAAUUUUCGAGAAUGGUCUACAAUGCAAACGUCUCUGAAGACGCCACCAUUGGGAGCUUUGUCACAAGAGUGGAUGCAAAAUCUUCAAGCGAAGAAGGGGGCAACGUGACAUAUUGGCUGGGUAGCGAGAAUUUCCGAAUCGACCAGUUUUCUGGUGUGAUCACCGUCUCGAACGGGCUCGACAGAGAGGUCAGAGAAUCGUACCAACUGGUCGUGUAUGCGACAGAAGGACAGCACUAUUCUACCUCCUCCGUCUACGUCGCCGUCACGGACGUCAACGAUCACGCUCCAAAAUUUCCAGCUUGCUACUCCCUCGCCGUUCCAGAAAACAGCGAUUUCGGCGCUAUCCACAGGCUCCAGGCUUACGACGAAGAUUCUGGACCUAACUCAGAAAUCACUUACACCAUCAUCGGUGGAAAUGUUGGAAACAGGUUUAGUAUUGAUUUGCAUAGCGGUGAGUUGAGCGCGAGGUCCCUAGACAGAGAGGUACAGUCGAGGUACAGGUUGGUCGUGAGCGCUCAGGACAAGGGCAGCCCUCCUAAGGCCGGGAUUUGCAACUUGACCGUUACCGUCGAAGACCAGAACGACAACGACCCCGUCUUCGCCGAGACCCUCUACGUUGCCCGGGUAAAAGAGGACACCGCAGUCGGCACUCUAGUCUUGAACGUCACCGCCCAGGAUCAAGACCAAGGACUCAACGCCAGGAUCGUCUACUCGCUAGCGAACGAGAGCCAGGCUCUGUUCAGGAUCGACCCAGACACCGGACACAUCUUCACGGCUGGGAUGUUUGAUCGAGAGAAACACAGUUCUUACGUAUUUCAAGUCGUGGCAACCGAUAGCGGCCGGUAUGACGCCAGAUCUCAGAAAGUGCCCGUUCAAAUCACCAUAGAAGACGUAAAUGACAACAAGCCGGUUUUCUCCCAGUAUCCUUUCAUCGCCGAAGUCCCGUCUUACAACCCUUCCGGUAAAGAACUGCUCAAAGUUACCGCGACGGACGCCGACGAGGGCACCAACGCCGACAUAGUCUACAGUUUCCUCAACGAGCCUCCGAGCAACAAAUUCAGGAUGGAUCCAAAAAGCGGGAUCGUCACCACGACCUCCAGCCUAGCCAUGGAAAACGGAAGGAUAUACCAUCUGGAAAUUCUGGCCACCGACAGAGGAAAUCCACCGCACAGCGCCUCCAGCCUGAUUGAAAUUAAAGUAGGAGAAGGUCUAGACGGUCCUAACUUAAGAUUCCCAAAUUCUACCUACACGGAACAAAUUCCAGAAAAUUCUCCAGCAGGGACCGAAGUUGUCCAAGUAUCGGCAGUUCGAUCGGAUGGGCGCAGGCAAAAGAUCACUUAUAGUUUGGUAUCUGGAAAUGAAGAAUCUAAAUUCGAGAUUAACAGUCAGACGGGUAUGAUCAGGGUACGAAAUUCAGCAGCGCUCGAUUACGAAGUCAACCCGCAGAUCCGCUUGACGGUUCAAGCCCAGGCGGAUUCACCGAUGGGAUCGCCCUUGUUCGGAUACGCGCAGGUCAACGUAAAUCUUAUAGACCUGAACGACAAUGCGCCGAAAUUCACCCAAUCUCAAUAUUCUACUACCGUGUGGGAAGGAAAUAACAAAGGGACGUUUGUCAUGCAAGUCUCGGCUACGGACAUAGAUCAAGGUUCCAAUUCGCAACUGCUUUAUCACAUCGUCGAAGGGAACCACGACAACGCCUUCAUCAUCGAGCCGUCUUCUUCUGGAAUCGUUAAAAUGAACAUCGUUCUCGACAGAGAAAUCAGAGACAAUUACAAACUGACCGUCAUAGCUACUGACGAAGGCAUGCCUCAACUUACGGGAACGUCUACCAUUUUGGUCAACAUCGUCGAUGUCAACGACAACCAGCCCACUUUCCCACCGCAUAGUGUCAUUACAAUAAACGAGGGCAAAGAAGUCGGUAGCGUACUUACAUCUAUCACCGCAAACGACGUCGACACCAAUCCGGCUCUUACUUACAAUUUAUCCGACUCCGACGGCAAUUUCAGCAUCGAUAGGUUCAGCGGGAAAGUGACUUUGUGUCAUAAAUUGGACUACGAGAGGAAGAAAUCUUACAAACUGAACAUAAUGGCAUCAGACACGGCGCACACAGCAACCACCAUGCUGACUAUAUUAGUUACCGAUGGAAACGACAAUCCUCCACAAUUCACACAACCAUCAUACCACGCUACAAUUCCUGCAAACUCAGAAUACUCCUAUAGCGUUUUGACAGUCAAUGCUGUCGAUCUCGAUUCUGAGAAAAACGCCAAAAUCAUUUAUUCCCUUUUGGAACCACACCCUGGAUUUUUCAUCAACGAAAAAUCGGGCGUCCUCUCCUCAAAUAGGACGGCUAUGGAUAUACCUCAAGGACAGCAGAAAACUAUAAACCUAAGGGUCAAAGCUACCGAUUCGGGGAAACCAAGUCUAUCUUCCGUUGUGACCAUUAGAAUCAACAUUGGAAGCGCAGGGUCGAGCAAAUCGACUUUCACCCAAACAGAAUACAGAAUAUCGACUAAAGAAAACACGCCGGUUGGAACAACACUUUUGAAAAUGACGAACAACAUGAAUGAAGACAGCUAUAAAACCUAUUUUACUAUAGUAGAAGGGAAUGUGAACAAUACUUUUCAGAUUUUAAGCCCUUUUGGAGAGCUGGUGCUUGUAAAGUAUCUGGACAGAGAGAAACUCGAUUCUUAUUUACUUAAAGUUACCCAAGGGCCGGAAAAUUCGACAACCGCCACUGUUCACGUUAUUGUUGAAGAUUCUAACGACAACUCACCAGUUUUUAACUCUUUUUCGAAUGUAAUUCACCUGUCUGAAGAUGUACCUGUGAGCUACUCAAUCGCUCAUCUGAAAGGAAUGGACGAAGAUUUACCACCCAAUUCCGAUGUCCGGUUUGACAUACUGUCGGGAAAUGAUGAAAACCUGUUUGCAAUUGAUUCCACAUCUGGUCUUCUUUCUGUCGAUAAGAAAUUGGACUUCGAUAGAGGAUUUUCUGAAUAUUCACUAGUCAUAGGAGCGACAGACGGAGCGAGAACGCCCGACCGUCCUCUGAGAUCCGUGACAUCCUUGAAAAUAGUACUAGACGACGAGAACGACAACGCUCCCCAUUUCCCCGUCACAGAAUAUCUAGAGUUCGUAGGAGAAAAUGAACCAAUAGGGUCGACAGUGUUUACAGCUAGAGCUACAGAUCUGGACAGAGGGGUUUUCGGCAGGUUGAAUUAUUCUAUAGAAACGGCUUCUUCGGCUGGAUACGGAGACGUAGACGAAUCCUGGAAAAUGUUCAAAGUCGAUUCGGCAUCUGGUUUAGUAACUACAAACGCCGUUUUCGACUACGAGCUCCGUUCCAGAUACGCGUUCACCUUACUAGCGACGGAUCACGGUGCUCAAAUAGCAAGAGUCAAAGUCAGAGUAGAGAUAGAAAGCCGAGAUGAAUACUACCCGCAGUUUACAGAAAGGACCUAUAGAUUUGUUGUCAACGGUAAAGACCUGCCUGUAGGUUUUGUCAUAGGAAACGUAGUAGCGACGGAUCGUGAUAAAGGCCCAGACGGAAGAAUCGUUUACCAACUGACGAACCAGCACGCUUAUUUCAAAGUCAACCGUACAACUGGAGCAGUCAUGAUCAAAAAGAAAUUGGACAGCAAUUUGAACACGAAGCAGGAAGUCAGUUUUGUCGUUAGAGCGAGUUCAGGGAGGCAAGAUUCUUUAACGAAUAUGUCAGUGGUGGAAAUCAGUUUAGACCCGUUGGCUCAUUUCGAAACGAACCUCGUUAACGGCGAAGAAGGGAAUAAUACAGCGUUGGCAGCGUCGACGAGCAAAGUCGCAGAUUGGGCCAUAGGACUUUUGAUAUCGUUGAUUAUCGUCAUAUUGUGCUUCGGUGCUGUAUUCUUAUUUUUACACAUGAGAAACAGAAGGCAGAAAAAUGUCAACAAGUCGGGACUAGGAUCGGUUCAAAGCCAGGAUAAUUAUGUAGACCCGAGUAAUUUCGACACGAUACCAGUGAGAGGAGGCAUCGCCGGGCCUGCGAGUCAGUUCGGCCCUCCGAAAUACGAAGACAUCCCUACUUACAGGAACAAGUCGAACAGUUCCAACUCGGGUGCAGCGACUACCUCACAGAUUUCGGGAUCCGACCAAUCCGGAUCCAGCGGAAGGGGUUCUGCUGAAGACGGAGACGACGUAGAAGACGAAGAAAUCCGGAUGAUAAACGAAGGCAUACAGAGGGAAGGUGGACUCCAUAGGUCCUCCGACGAUAAUAUGUCAGACGUAUCCGUCCAAAACACCCAAGAGUAUUUAGCACGAUUGGGCAUUGUAAAUACCAACAACAAUUCGGCUAAUUCGAGAAGAAGGACGGACAGUGUCGGCGCAGGCAGCAGUAAAGACAUAAUGCUCCAUGCGGGAGUGCCGAUCGACAGACUUAGGAUGUACGACGAAGACGGCACGGCGGAAGCGGACAUCACGAAUCUCAUCUAUGCCAAAUUGACGGAUGUUGGAGAGAGCGAGAGGUGCAGCAGUGGAGAAGAAGGGAACAGUUCUUCUGCGGGGCCGUUAGGACCCGCUGUCGAUCACGUCAUCGGGAUCGGGGCGUACGGCGGAGUGCCCGUGGCGACACACCAACCGUCCAUGACGGGUUCUCUGAGUUCCAUCGUCCACAGCGAAGAGGAACUGACAGGGAGCUACAAUUGGGAUUAUCUGUUGGACUGGGGGCCGCAGUACCAACCCCUUGCUCACGUAUUUUCGGAAAUCGCCAGGUUGAAAGACGACGCGGCAUCGGUCAAAAGCGGUACCAGCGGUACAUCGAGCGGUAAAGGGAAGUGUCCUCCUUCGGUGAAAAGUGUUCCUCCCCCUUUGCUCACUUCCGUCGCUCCCAGGUCGAUAGCGGCUCCGGUGCUUUCGGCAAGGGGCAGUCAUCACCCACCCUUGAAGCACCAAGGCCCUAAAAUCCACCUUCUACCCCGCUCCCCGAUCAACCACGACGGGAACGGAGCCGUCUUCGGCACGUCUGCGGCAAUGUCGCCCAGCUUUUCCCCGGCGUUAUCGCCCCUAGCUACCUCCCCUUCGCUGUCACCUAUAGUGACCCCGAGGCAUCCUAGUUCGCACCACGUAAGGCAAAGAACAACAGACACUGAAUUAAGGAUAUAGUAGUCACUUUCCAAUUAGGACAUUUUUAAAAGAUGCUGUAGAGUAGAAUUCCUCAAAGUGUAAUUUAAAAGUGAUAUUAUUUAUUGAAAUUUAGUAUCUGUUGUCGAGUCUUCUGAACUUCUUUUUUUAAAAAAGUGUUAAUCCGCCAAGACAAAUUACAGCACGGACUGUAUCGGUAAAUUUUUCUUGGCAUCAAGACGAUUCAAGUAGAAAAUUUUUUUACGUGAAGUUCAUUGGCUUGAAAUGUGUAUAUAAUUUUUAUACAUAACACGAAAUUGUUUGUACAUUGUUAUUGUGAUUGUCAUAUUUAAACGAGUCGAAGUUUUAAAAAUCGUAAAUAGUGUCUCGAUGUAAAUAUGUUUAAAGUAAUUAAUCAAAACUAAAGUAUACUGUAGAUAAAAAAAACAAACGGAUAUAAAAAAAAAAUAAAGUUUACUCCAGAUCGUAAAUAUUAUGAUCAGUAACUAACAGUUUUUUUUUAUAUAUGAUGAAUAAAAGGCUCAAUUUAUUUAUAAAA